AUGCUGGCAGGUGAUGCGGCCCACGUUCACGCGGUGUACGGUGGCCAGGGCUUGAAUACCGGCAUCGCGGAUGCAUUCAACUUGAUCUGGCGCGUGGCUUUCGUCGGCAAGGGUCACCACGGGGGCUCCGUCCUGCUGAAGAGUUACGAUGAAGAGCGACGCAUGACCGCCAACGGGGUUAUUGAUGUGGCUGCCAAGCUGGUGCAAAUAACGAUCAAGACAGCCCUGGAUAUCCAGGAACAGGCUGUGGUGGUGAGACCAGACUUGUAUGUCGGCUAUGCCGGUAAGGGCUGGUUGCAGUACCUCGAGGAUGUUCUUGCUAAGCCCUACUCAAGCCACAUCGAUUACACUUUCCUUUGGCGGACUACGGCAUGGGUAGUGUGA